AUGGCUCAUGCAGCCUCACAAUUAAAGAAAAACAGGGAUUUAGAAAUCAAUGCUGAAGAAGAGACUGAGAAAAAAAGGAAACACCGCAAACGGUCCCGGGAUCGGAAGAAAAAGAAUGGUUUCACGCCAUUGUAUAUGGCAGCCCAGGAAAACCACCUGGAAGUUGUCAAGUUUCUUCUGGACAAUGGUGCAAGCCAGAGCCUAGCCACAGAGGAUGGCUUCACACCAUUGGCAGUAGCUUUGCAACAAGGUCACGACCAAGUAGUUUCACUCCUGCUAGAAAAUGACACAAAAGGAAAAGUGCGUCUUCCAGCUCUUCAUAUUGCUGCCCGAAAAGAUGACACGAAAGCCGCCGCCCUGCUGCUGCAGAAUGACAACAAUGCAGAUGUGGAAUCAAAGAUGGUGGUGAAUAGAACAACAGAGAGUGGCUUCACUCCUCUGCAUAUAGCUGCUCACUAUGGAAACAUCAACGUAGCCACAUUGCUGUUAAAUCGAGCGGCUGCUGUGGACUUCACUGCAAGGAAUGACAUCACUCCUUUACAUGUUGCAUCAAAAAGAGGAAAUGCAAAUAUGGUCAAACUGUUGCUUGAUCGAGGAGCUAAAAUCGAUGCCAAAACCAGGGAUGGUCUGACACCACUGCAUUGUGGGGCAAGGAGCGGCCAUGAGCAGGUGGUGGAAAUGCUGCUUGAUCGAGCCGCCCCCAUUCUGUCAAAAACCAAGAAUGGAUUGUCUCCCUUGCACAUGGCCACACAAGGGGAUCAUUUAAACUGCGUCCAACUUCUCCUCCAGCAUAAUGUGCCCGUGGACGAUGUCACCAAUGACUAUCUGACUGCCCUGCACGUGGCUGCCCACUGUGGCCAUUACAAAGUCGCCAAGGUUCUCUUGGAUAAGAAAGCUAACCCCAAUGCCAAAGCCCUGUUCGUCAAUGGCAGNAAGGCUAUCAUCCAAUCAGCCCUUUUAGGAAGGAUCUCUGCUCCUUUCCAGAUGGUGUGGUUGCCCUAUCUGAAUGGAUCCCUAGUGCCACUGCUGCUCCGUGGACUCUAA